AUGCUACUUGGUGCUGCGAGUCGUCGUCUUCUUCAUCGUCAUCAACAUUAUCUCCGCACUUCAAGUGUAUUUGCAAGACACCUUUCUUCUUUGUACCACGAGCCUCUUAGAGAAAAAACUGUCAAAGUCACUCAUUCAAGAGGUGUGGGUGUACUUCACGAUCCAUUACUUUCAAAAGGUACGGCGUUUAGUAUUGAUGAGCGUGAACGUCUAUCGAUUCGUGGACUAGUACCUCCACGCUGCCAAGAAAUGGACAAGCAGCUGCUACGAGUCAAGCGUAAUCUAGACCAUUGUGAUACACCAUUGGCAAAGUUUAUUUUCUUGACAGCAUUGCAUGAUCGAAACGAGACUUUGUUUUACAAAUUGAUCAUCCAAUAUCUCGAGGAGCUCGCUGGUAUCAUUUAUACGCCUACUGUGGGGCUUGCCAGCUUGAAAUCCCACAGCAUUUAUCGUCGUUCCAGAGGCAUGUACUUUUCAACCCAAGAUCGAGGCAACAUGUCAGCUAUGGUUUACAAUUGGCCCCAUGAUGAAGUGGAUGUGAUUGUGGUGACGGAUGGCUCUCGUGUUCUUGGCCUUGGAGAUUUGGGGGCGAAUGGCAUGCAGAUCCCAAUUGGCAAACUCAGUCUGUACGUAGCUGCAGGUGGUAUUAGGCCACGAGCGGUCUUGCCUGUUGUCCUUGACGUUGGCACCAACAAUGAGGCACUCUUGAAUGAUCCAUUGUACCUGGGUAUGGGUCAUCCUCGUUUGGAUGGUGAUGAGUAUUAUUCCUUUGUGGAUGAAUGGGUCACAGCUAUUCUUACACGAUGGCCAAAUGCUUUGAUACAAUUUGAAGAUUUCAAGCAUCCGCAUGCAUACAAUUUGCUGAACAAAUAUCGUGACCGUAUCACUUGCUUCAACGAUGACAUCCAAUCAACGUCAGCUAUUACUUUGGCAGGCCUUUUGGCUUCAAUGAAGGCUCGUGGUUUGGAUCCAUCAGCGUUAGCCAAUGAGCGCAUCGUUUGUGUAGGUGCUGGCAGUGCAGGAAUAGGCGUAUGUGAAGGCAUCGUUGAUUGCAUCGUUGCUCAAGGCAAGGUGAAAACACGUGAGGAAGCAUAUAGACAAGUUUGGAUGUUGGAUCAACAUGGGUUGUUGGGCAACUCGGCAAUUGCAGCAGGUGAUCCUACACGUGUUGUGCAAGGUCCAGAACGAGCCAAAUACUCUUUGGAUGAGCGACAAUUGCGAUACGUCAAGCGUGAUAUGGCUGAUAGACUUUCACUUGAACAGGUGGUUGAGCAAGUGAAACCUACAAUCUUACUUGGGCUUACUGGAAUUCCUGGUGUUUUCACUGAAAAAGCUGUACGCACAAUGGCUCAAUAUCAAGAGAAGCCCGUAAUUUUCCCUCUCAGCAACCCUGAUAGCCAUGCUGAAUGCACUGCUGAGCAGGCUUUCAAAUGGACGGAUGGCCGUGCUAUCUUUGCUUCUGGCAGCCCAUUCAACGAUGUAACCCUACCCAAUGGAAAUAUUGGAAGAACAAAUCAAUGCAAUAACUCAUACAGCUUCCCAGGAUUGGGAUUGGGCGUGGUUACUUCACGAGCUUCAAGCGUGACUUCAGAAAUGUUCUUGGAGACUGCAAGAGUCAUUGCAGACAUGGCAACGCCUUCUCAACUCAAGGAAGGUAUCCUAUACCCUGGUGUCACUCAUUUACGUGAAGUAUCUAGAAAGGUUGCUACACGUGUAUGCGAGGUUGCCUUUGAACAAGGUGUUGCACAAGCUCGCCUAAGAGAAGGUGAACUGUUGGAGGAUAUUGUGGCCAACUCAAUGUACGAUCCUCAAUAUGUGCCAUUGGUUCAUCAAGCGUGA